AUGAUCUCCAAAUUCAUCACCGAGGUGUCAACCGUCUUCAACCCCUUCUCUCCUAAAGCAAAGACCGCGCGCCUAUUCCUCUCAUUCCUCCCCCCGAACGCACGGCAGACUAUGAAGAUAAACACAAAACUGUUGCCGAGGAUGUCGAAGGAGCCUAGCUUUGUGGAGCUAAAAUUCAGUAAGAGCCCUUCGUUCUCGAUGAUGCUUGCGCCUGUAGAAGAUGGGAUGCAGAUGAAGCUUGAUGCGGAGAAGUUAGGGAUCAAAGGGGUUAUUGAGGAGGUGGAUCGACAUUCGCGGAUAUUAUCGAGGCAGGAAGAAUUGACUGGAAACUGA